AUUCCAAAAUUUCCUGUGACAGUGAAUGCAGCACAGUACUUCCAGGAAGUGCCCAGAGACACAAAUGUCAUCCGUGGGCAGACUGCAGUCCUCAAGUGUGUCAUUGGUGACAGAAAGGGAGCAGUUCAAUGGACAAAAGAUGGAUUCUCUUUAGGUUUCAACAGAACAAUCCCAGGCUAUGACAGAUACUCAGUCACUUCCAGCCACGAGAAUGAGUUCAACCUGAUGAUCGUCAAUGCCCACCUGGAAGAUGAUGCUGUCUAUGAGUGCCAGGUGCUGCCCCGUGGAGGGGAUGACCGCCUUCAGGCUCGCGCUGCACUGACUGUGCUAGUUCCCUGUGAGCCUCCAGUGAUCUUGGGCUACAGGAAUAACUCCCAUGUGGAAGUGCCUUACACCCAGCAGUCGAUUGAUUUGGUCUGUGAGGCGCGCAAUGGAAGACCAGCAGCAACCAUAGAGUGGUUUCGUAAUGGGAUCAAGGUCACAGACAAUGUCAGGUAUGGCACCGAGUCCAAUCCUGAUGACAAACGAGAGACAGCCACCAGCACAAUUACAAUAUCAUUGGCCAACCACCAGGAGGAGAAUGGAACUGUCUACAAGUGCCAGGCUAAGAACAGUGCAGUCUUUGGUCCACCACUGAGCAUGUCUGUAACUCUUAGCAUUCUGUUUCCUCCGGGGCCACCACAAAUCUCUGGGUAUGACGAUAGGGUGGUGAACAUCAACGACACGCUGGUCUUGACCUGCUCGUCAACCGGAGGAAAUCCCCUCGGAACUGUGACCUGGUACCGCAAUAACGAGCCUGUAGACUGGAGCUUCACCAGUGGUGGCGGCGUCGCUAUCAACCAGUACACAUUUCGGGUCACCUCUACAGACAACAAUGCAGUGUAUCGGUGCCAAGUUACCAAUUUGGUGGCCACACAGCCUUUGACAGCAGAAUAUACUUUGAAAGUUCACUUUCCACCAACCAGUGUUAAAAUAUCUGGAGCUCAGGAGCCGAUCCAGGCAGGGAGGACUAUUACCUUGACCUGCGUGUCAGCCAACUCUAACCCUAAAGCAACCAUUACCUGGUUUGCCAAAAACAGACAGAUCCCUCAGAGUGACAUUGUUGAGUCUCAUGCAGCCUCACCAGAAGGUGGGUACAUCACCAAGUCUGAGCUUAGGACCACAGUGGGCCAUCAAGACCACAACAGCGUUAUCACUUGUCAAGCUAGCAACCCUGAGUUUGGGCAGACAGUGGCGGACACUCUUACUCUGAGUGUACUGUACCCACCAAACCAGCCAGAAAUUGAUGGCCACACAGGAACUAUGAAAGCGGGAGACCUCAAGAAGAUGACCUGCCUGUCUGUGGGAGGCAAUCCCGUUGCAGAGUUGAAGUGGUAUAAGGGAAGUACAUUGAUCAGAGAUGCUGUUUACAGAUCUCUAGGCAACCUGGCCUCCUCUGAGAUUGCCAUCGUACUCAAGCCAAGUGAUAACGGAGCUGUGUACAAAUGCAAGGCCUCCAACAGGGCUACCCCAACCCCACUAGAGGAUAGUGUUCGACUGGCAGUAAAUUUUCCCCCCUCACAGGUGACCAUCACAGUCAGCCCCUCUCAACCCAAGGUUGGCCAGCAGGUGGACCUUGUCUGCACGUGCUCAUCCAGCAACCCGGCAGCUGAGAUCAUGUGGGUGAGAAAUGGCAGACGCACCGUGGGUGUUGAUCUGGGCACUGCUGAUGCAGAGUUUGGGGGCAAGAACACUACCAACCGCCUGAGGUUUACUCCCACAUCCAGAGACCACAACGCUGUCUAUGGCUGCCGGGCGACUAACAGAGAGCUGGAUCAGACGGUGAAUGAUGCAGUGACCUUGGAUGUUUUGUUCCCGCCAGAGUUUGAUGAGGACACACUACCAGCCAGGAUUGACAUCAAGAAGGGAGAAGGCACCAGCCUGAACUUGACUGCAUAUGCCAACCCUCCAAACGUGACAUAUCAGCUGUACAAGGACGGGGUUGUCUUUACUCUGCCUUCCCGGUUCACAAUGAGUGGUGGGGUCCUGAAUAUCUCUAACGCCCGGAAGGAAGACAAGGGAAAUUACAUCAUCAAGGGAACUAAUAACCAGGGAUUUGCAACUUUCAACUUCUCUGUUAAUGUCAAAUAUCCUGCAGAAAUAGUAGACUUUACAAGAACUCUGGCUGUUGAUGAAGGGGAGACUGCUGUAUUCUCAUGUAAAUUUGAUGCCAACCCAGUGACUCCUGACAUUGUCACCUGGUCCAGGGAGAACUUUGACAUGAGCCGGACCAGGGCCCGGAUAGAGGGGAACAUGUCCUACCUGUCUGUCAGUGACGUGACCAGAGAGGACAGCGGGACAUUCAAGUGUGCAGCAGAUAACAGAAUAGGACCUCCUGCAACCAAGACCUCAAAGCUUUUAGUCAAAUUUGCUCCAGUAAUUGACAAGUCCCCAGAGAUCAGUCGAUCUGCUGGAGAGAAAGGCAGCACUGUCAGCCUCAAAUGUAUGGCCAAGGGUGCUCCAGAAGUUUCCAUAACAUGGACAAGGAACAAUAAUCCAGUUCGGGGUGGUAGUAAGUACAAGUUGACAUCAGACUCAUCAAAACUCGUCCAUUACGAGAGCACGCUGACGAUCAAAGACCUGGAGGUUGAAGAUUAUGGGGCCUACGUUUGCACAGCCACCAACAGCAAGGGCAGCGACUCUCACAGCAUAACAUUGACUGGAACUAGCAAGCCUAACCCUCCGUACAACAUAGAAUUCGUCAAUGCCACCUCCAACAGCAUCACCAUCACCUGGAAGCCAGGCUUUGAUGGAGGGCUGCCCCAGUCUUUCAGGGUUCGUUACAAGCCAGUGACUGCCAGGGGCUAUGUGUAUGUUGACGUACGGCCAUUUGGAGCAACAACUUUCAGAAUUAAAGGUUUGGAGCUUGACACAGAGUAUGAGUUGACCGUUCUAGCCUUUAAUGACAGAGGAGAGAGUGUAUAUCAAGCCCGAGGGAUAGUGGCCAAAACAUCAGCUGUAGUCUCGCCGGCCGACAUCUCGACCUCAGAACUACAAGGCACUGAUGAGAUUCCUGUGAUUAUCAUUCUGGUUGUGUGCAUUGUUGGAGUCUUCAUCCUGACCUUGAACGUCGGCCUCAUUCUCUUCUUUAUCAAAAGACGAAAGAAGAGGAUGGAAGGAGCAAGCGAAACAACCAGCCAUAACAACACAUUUGAGCUGUACAGCAGCACCAAGGGAGAUCACAACAUGUACCCAGCGUCUCCUGAUGAUGUUCACAGUUACGGAACCAAUGAUAAAAGCAUGGACGAUUUCUCUGAUGAUUACAUUCGAGAUUACGAUAGAGAGUGUGAAACCCACAUGUUUUUACCUUCACAACAUGAGUACCCGGGUUCAAGACCCUACAGUCCUCACAAGUUAGAGUCACCGAUGGUUGGAAGUGGUCACAAAAUGACUUACAUCAUAGAUGACCAUCCAGGUCAUCGCUCUCCGUGGAAUGAAGGUUCUUCGACCCUCCUUUCCCCCAACAUAGUUGCCAACCCCACCUACACAGGCCCAACCUCCAACCACAGAACCCCUUCACCUCACAUCCACCAGCCUUCCCCGCACAGAACAGUUCCUGUUGGUGGGGAACUCAGAGGUCAUUUAGUCUGA